GGGGGGUGGAGGAAGCGGAAAGCCGCCGAGUCGCCGGGGACCUCCGGGGUGAACCAUGUUGAGUCCUGCCAACGGGGAGCAGAUCCACCUGGUGAACUAUGUGGAGGAUUACCUGGACUCCAUCGAGUCACUGCCUUUCGACCUGCAGAGGAACGUCUCGCUGAUGCGGGAGAUCGACGCCAAAUACCAAGAGAUCCUGAAAGAGUUGGAUGACUACUAUGAGAAGUUCAAGCGCGAGACGGACGGCACGCAGAAGAGGCGGGUACUGCAUUGCAUCCAGAGGGCCCUGAUCCGCAGUCAGGAGCUGGGCGAUGAGAAGAUCCAGAUCGUGAGUCAGAUGGUGGAGCUGGUGGAGAACCGCACCAGGCAGGUGGACAGUCACGUGGAGCUCUUCGAGGCACACCAGGACAUCGGUGACAGCACUGGCAGCGGCGGCAAGGCCGGCCAGGACAAAUCGAAGAGUGAGGCGAUCUCUCAGGCGGACAAGCCCAACAACAAGCGGUCCCGGAGGCAGCGGAACAACGAGAACCGAGAGAACGCGUCUAAUAAUCACGACCACGACGACAUCACCUCAGGAACACCCAAGGAGAAGAAAGCAAAAACCUCAAAGAAGAAGAAACGCUCCAAGGCCAAAGCAGAGAGGGAAGCCUCUCCCGCAGACCUCCCCAUCGACCCCAACGAGCCCACGUACUGUCUGUGCAAUCAGGUCUCCUAUGGAGAGAUGAUCGGCUGCGACAACGAUGAGUGUCCCAUCGAGUGGUUCCACUUUUCUUGUGUGGGACUCAACCAUAAACCAAAGGGCAAGUGGUACUGCCCCAAGUGUCGGGGGGAGAGUGAGAAAACAAUGGACAAGGCCCUGGAAAAGUCCAAGAAAGAGAGGGCUUACAACAGGUAGUGUGUGGACGUGCACACGGGCAGGAGAACAAACCCAAGUCCCAGGAUGGGCAGAUGAGUAUUUUUAGAGACUGGUAGAAAUGGACCCUCUCCUCGGGACGGCAGAAACAGCCUGUGUCUUCAUGGUGUACCUGUAACCAGACUGGGUCUGCAGAUCAGCGUUUUAGAAACUACCAAUAUAGGUUCGAAUUAAACAUGUCAGCAAGUGUCAGACUGGUUUUUGGGGUUGGGGAGUGACUUGGAAGUAACCUAACAGAUGUAUAAAGAAGAGAUUUAAUUUGGCUGUUUCCACAAAAAUGUUAUGGUUUACAAAAAAAAAAAAAAAAAAAUUAUCCAGGUUGCUGAAGUACAGCCAGUGUGCUUCUCGCUGCCAUAAUGUAUAUCCACAUGACAAGUUGGUCAAAGGUUUAAAGUCUAAAUAUUAUUUUUUAAAAAGGUUAAUGGGUAAAUUUUACAUGACAUAUUUUAUACAUGGCCUAUUCCCCAACUGGCCAUUUUUAAUGACUGGGUACAUUUUUAAUAGGUCAGACACAAGCGGUCCAGGCGGUGGGUCCAGGUCUUGCCUUUGCUACCCUAGGUCAUCGUGUGGCCACCUUUAACUUAUGAAGUGUAUAAAUGUACAUUUUCCAGCCACCUUGCCCUGCUGUAUUAUAACCGGAAGUGCAGCCUGGUGCUGUUGUGAAGCCGAGGUGUGCGUCCCGCUGCGUGUGUGAGCUGUAUAGAUGUUGCGUCAAGAAAUAAAUGAGACUUGGCCAGUU